AGCACGUGGGAGAACGAGAGAUAAGUUGUGAAAUACAUAUGUAAAACUUAAACUGGUGUGAAACUAUUGGCAAAUAUUCGACUAUUUUUGUAUUUGAAUGAAAUUUGUGUGUGCGCAACUGUCAAAAGUGCAUCGAAAGUUUCGAACAACAUCAAGGACUUCUGAGGAAGAGGAGACAAGCAAACAAGCAGUGGUGGAGGAUGGAAACAUGGCUGAAUGAAGUCCAGAAGCAUCCAGCCAUCUACGUGCUGUGCUGCUCUGUGGUCUUCAGGAUACUUCACAAGUUACUACAGACUGUGCACCGUCCCAUCAUUGUGGACACAGAUCCCUGGAAGUCAUGGAAGUGGAAAAACCUUUCAGUAUCACUCGUCCACUCACUACUGACUGGCACUUGGGCUGUUACCUGUGUAAUACAGCAUCCGGUGAUGGUUCAUGAAAUCCGCUCUACCUAUACGCCUCAUUCCUACCUGCUUAUCGUCAUCUCAUCUGGGUACUUCAUUCAGGAUGCUGGCGACAUCAUCUUUAGUGGGUAUGCAAAAGCAUCUUGGGAAUUUCUGCUUCACCAUGUUUUGGUGAUCUGGUGUUUCCUGUACGCCGUGUUCACACAUCAAUAUGUGGCAGGUGCAGUUGUGGCCUUGUUUGUGGAGGUGAACAGUGUGUUCUUACACACACGUUUAUUGCUGAAACUGGCUAAAGUGUCUUAUGAUUCUUCUCUUUACCAUGUUAACAAACUGCUUAAUGUGGUGACCUAUGUAGUCUUCCGGCUUGGAGCGCAGUUUUACUUGACUUGGUACAUCAUACAUCACUACUCAACACUGGAUCAUGCUUCUUACUUCCUAGUAACUAUGGUCCUCAUGAACAUUAUGAUGCUCAUCUAUUUUUACCGCCUGCUGUGCACUGACUUUUUAUCAAAGCGCCGCCCCGACAGAAGCGCUCAGAAAUUUGCUGAUGACUAAAUCAACACGACCGGAGGGGAUGAUGUGCAUCAGUCCAUCUAUUAAAAAACACAUUAAAGUGACUGGUAACACAUUAUCUACAAGAGCUGUAUGGAACAAGCAAACUUCAGAAGAGAAUGUUUUGAAGCAAUUCAGAAACAAUUAUUUUAUUUUAUUUUUGAAAAUGUUAGAAUUAAAGAUAUUAAUCUUUUAAAAUUCUCUCCACAUCUAUUUCCCCCCAACAUAAUUAUGUUAUCAUAGCAGCACAACUUCAUCUCCACUUAGGAUGAUUUUUUGAUCAGCACUGGCAUUCAGUGUAACUUUGCAAAAACAUGUAAAUAUAGAUAUUUGUCUACAAAAUUUGUCUGUAUUAAUUUUAUAAGAACAAAUUUUCCCAAGAAAUUAUUUUAUUUUUUAAAAGCUACCUCAGCCAGGAAACCCUGUAAACACAUGCUUGUUGGAAAAUGAAAUGAUGCUCUUUUAAUGAUUUUUCCUCAUUAAGAAAUGUUUCUAAAAAUUAAAUACGAUAAUUUAAAAAAUUUGCUUCAAAAUAUUUACAUUUUCAAUAUUAAACCUU